AUGUGGCUAUGGCUACUCUGCGCAGAUUUCACAUUAGUUGAAUCUAUAUCGCCGAAUACGUCGACGAACUCCCCUGCAACGCCGUUCCAAAGCGCGAUCUCAACCACGACCCGGCAGGAUGAUCUAGAGGACACUUGCCCAAGCCACACAGUGAUGUGCCACCUCCCGCACAACUGGAACUGCUGCCCCUCAACCUCUCAAUGCUGCGGCGCAGGCUGCUGCAUCGCGGGCUCCCACUGCGUCGACCAGCUCUUCGGCCGCUGCUGUACCAACGGCAAGCGGCUCUGCGGAUCGGUUUGCGUCGCGGGGGAGUGCUGCGGCAAGGGCGGGUGCGGGGCCAGGGAACGGUGCUGCGGCGGCGGGAUAUGCUGCAAGGAGGGCGAGGUCUGCGACUACGGGAAAACGUGUGUCAGGACGAAGACCUCGGAGGAGAGCGGCGCAGGCCGCGGUGUUCCGAAUGCUUGGUUCGGCUGGCGGGCUGCUGGUGUUGUAGUGGUAGCAGGAGUCAUGGGCGCGGGCUGGGUUCGUCUGUAG